CUGAGCAGCCCUUCCCAUCUGGGGAGCCUGGGGCCCAGAGUCUCUCAGCUGGACUGGUCUGCAGUGGCUGUGCUGAUAGGUUCAGGCCCCAGACUGAGCUUUGCAGUGUUGUCCCAGAGCAUGAGAGGAGGGAUGACAUCAGGUGCUGCCCAUCAUGGUCCAGAACCCACUCACUGAUCCGCACCCCAAUCUCUGGGCUGCAAAGGAGCCCAGGCAGAGGAAGGGGGGCAGGAGGCUGUGAGAGAGACUUGUGCACAGUACAAGCACACAAACACACACAACACACACAUACACACAAUCAUGUACACACGUUCUGACAUAGUCACACUACACACAUGUUUACAGAGACACGUGUGCAUACUACAAGCACACAUAUAUUCAUGCACACACGGAUAGAUUAAGUGCAUACACGCAUGCAUACACAUUUGUGUGCACCCACUCCCCUGAGGACCCUAAAACUGGCUGCCCUGAGGCUGCCAACUGCAUGCCCUCACCCCCCUCCCGCUCCCGCCGGGUUUUUUCCAGCGGAGCCUCCCUCCCCCCACGCCAGCCCUGGACACCCCGCCUGCGCAAUUCCAGGCGGGCAGGAGCCGCGUGGUCCCCGGCAGGGCUGGGGGUCGCAGGCCGGGCCAUGAGCUCAGGCAGAGGGGCUGCGGGGAGGGCUGGCCGGGGCCGGCAUCACCGCCCCGAGCACAGCCCGCUGUUCCUGCACCAGGACUCGGCUGACCUGCUACCCCUGGAUGCCCUGCGGCGCCUCGGCUCCUCAAAGGACUUGCAGCCACGCACUGUGGUUCAGCGGCGCCUGGUGGAGGAGGGCUGGAACCGCCAUCAGAGCGAGUCUCCAAGGGAUGGCAGGGGCCCCAGCAGGCCUGAGAUGCCAGCGCUCCUGAUCAACUGCAAGUGCCGGGACCAGGUGCUCAGAGUGGCCGUGGAUACUGGAACCCAGCACAACCAGAUCUCAGCUGCAUGCCUGAGCCGCCUGGGGUUAGAACAGAGGGGCCUACAAACCUCAGCUGGGGGCCUGGCAUCUGGGGCCCACACCCGGGUGGAGGAAGUAGAGCUGCAGCUGGGCCAAGAAACAGUGGUGUGCUCGGCCCAUGUGGUGGGUGAGUGCUGGUGGCAGCCCCACUCCCCUCCUUGCCUACCUCUUCUUCUUCAGCCAUCUCACCGAGGGCCCAUCCCUGUGUCCAGAUCUGCUGGGGGCAGGUGGGCAGAGGAGGGCAUGGUACCCCUGGGGUCCCCUCUAGGCUCAGUUGUUUUGGCCUGACACCUACAGAUGCUGAGAGUCCUGAGUUUUGCCUGGGGCUGCAGACGCUGCUGGCUCUCAAGGUAAGGGGGCUGUGACUUGCACCCCACAUGGGACCUCAGGGAAAAGGAUGGAGGGGCAGGGAGGAGUGACAUUUGCUGCUAUCAAGGUCCCUUAUUUGUUCAUAGGUGAGUAGACAGAUGGGUCCUGGUGGCAGGUACAGGGAAAGAGGGCCUGGAGGUGCUGCUCAGUAGGUUCCACAGCUUGGGUGAGGCCCUCAGUCUGAUCCUUGUCAGCAUGUACAAUGGCAUCUCUGUCACAAGAGAAAAUAAGGGAAUAUAAUGACUGAUCUAUCCAAUUGUUUAAACAAAUGCCUGGGAGGUUAUACAGUAGAUAAGGCACUGGACUUUGGUUGAGGUCCCAAGUUUGAUGCCCAGCAUCACACGUGCCAGAGUGAUACUCUGGUUUCCUGUAUACUCUUUCAUUAAAACAGAAUAAAGCAGGGGGUCGGGCGGUAGCGCAGUGGGUUAAGUGCACGUGGCACAAAGUGCAAGGACCGGCGUUAAGGAUCCCAGUUCGAGCUCCCAGCUCCCCACCUGCAGGGGAGUCGCUUCACAGGCGUUGAAGCAGGUCUGCAGGUGUCUAUCUUUCUCUCCCCCUCUGUCUUCCCUUCCUUUCUCCAUUUCUCUCUGUCCUAUCCAACAUUAACGAUAUCAAUAACAACGAUAAUAAUAACCACCACAAUGGUAAAACAACCAGGGUAACAAAAGGGAAAAAAUGGCCUCCAGGAGCAGUGGAUUUGUGGUGCAGGCACCAAGCUCCAGCAAUAACCCCGUAGGCAAAAAAAAAAAAAGGAUAAAGGAAACUUGAUGCUAAGACUUGGAAGAGCAUAUGCCUUGUCAUGCAGAACCAGGCUUUAGGCCCAACAGCACAGGGGAUCUCCAUGGAUGGUGGAGCGGUGCUGUCAUGUCUCUAUUCUCUAAUUGUAUAUUUUAUUUUGGAUAGAGACAGAAAAUGGAGAGGGGAGGAGAUAAGAAAAAAGAGAGAUGGGGGUUGGGCGGUGGUGCAGUGGGUUAAGCGCAUGUGGCGCUAAGCGCAAGGACCGGCAUAAGAAAAAAGAGAGAUGGGGGCUGGGCGGUAGCACAGAUGGUUUGGCGCAAAGUGCAAGGACUGGCAUAGGAUCCCAGUUUGAGCUCCCGGCUCCCCACUUGCGGGGGGGGGGGUGUCACUUCAUGAGUGGUGAAGCAGGUCUGCAGGUGUCUAUCUUUCUCUCCCCCUCUCCUCUCUCAAUUUCUCUCUGUCCUAUCAAACAACAACAAUCAUAAACAAGGGCAACAAAAGGGGGAAAAAUGCCUCCAGGAGCAGUGAAUUCAUAGUGCAGGUACCAAGCUCCAGCAAUAACCCAGGAGAUAAAAGAAAAAAAAAAAAAAGAUCCUGUAGCCCUGCUUCACCACUUGUGAAGCUUUCCCCAUGGGCUUUAAUCUGGGUCCUUGGAGACUGUAAUGUGUAUGCUUAACCUGCCCCCCCUCCGCUAAUAAAGAAUGGAAACCAUUGGCCUGGGCUUAUCGGUGGGACUGCACAUGCAUGAAGCCCUAAAUUUGUUCCCUGAUGUCCCAUAUAAAGGCAAAUAGGGUGCUGGGCAGUAGCACACCUGGUUAAGUGCACAUAGUACUGAGCGCUAAGGACCAGGUUUAAGGCCCUGGCACCCCACCUGCAGGGGGACACUUCCCAAAUGGUGAUGCAGGUCUGCGAGUCUCUCUCCCUAUUUCCGCCUCCUCCUUCAAUUUCUCUCUGUCCUAAUAAAAUGGAAGAAAUCACCACCAGGAGCAAUGGAUUCAUAGUGCUGGCACUAAGCCCGUGAUAACCCUAGAGACAAAAGGGCAUAAACCAAGGGGCCAAGCAAGGGGGCCAGGAGGAUGGUGGGGGCGGGUAG